AUGCAGAUUGGCUUUCUUGGGCUCCUGAAUCGCGUUCUUGGUCUCUAUUGUGGCAUUCUGACGCCUCAAAUGAACAACAUUUCUGGUUUGCAGAACAACGUUUCUGGUGUGCAGAGCAGUGUUUCUAGUUUGCAGAGCAGCAUUGUUGGUUUUGCAGCUACUUAUUUCGCUGUGAAAGAUCAGAGUCAUAAACUAGUUUCUAGUCUAAACAACAGCGUUCCUGGUCUGUCGGUUAGCGUUUCUGGUUGGUAUAGUAGCGUUCCUAGUCUAAACAACAACGUUCCUGGUCUGUCAAACAACGUUUCUGGUGAGUAUAGUAGCAUUUUUGGUAAGUCUGUUAGAGUUUCUUGUCCAAACAACAAUGUUUCUGGUCCAAACAACAUCAUUUCUGGUCAGUUUUGCAGCAUUUUUGGUUUGUCUGUCAGAGUUUCUGGUCAGUAUAGCAGAGUUCCUAGUCAUUUUAGUAGCGUUUCUGGUAGAGUAACACCAGCUGGUCCCCUGGUACCUAAGUCUCCACCUGGGAGAGCUCUCUGA